AUGCGAAAGGAGUUCCUGUUCCCAAAGCUGCUCUCGACGGCUAACUGGUUCCCCGGGCACAUGGCUAGAGGUCUCAGGGUCAUGAACAGAAGGCUCCAGGACUGCGACUGUGUACUUGAGAUACAUGAUGCCAGAAUUCCAUUCUCCGGUCGUAAUCCCAAGUUCAGUGAGAUGGUGAGCAGGAGGCCAAAGAUACUGGUGCUCAAUAAGAUGGAUAUGGCAGACAGCAGUACACUGGAGGAUGUGGUCCAGUGUCUUCGUGAGAGAGGAGAGAGAGAAAUUGUCUACACUGACUGCCAGUUCCAGCACCAUCACUCCAUUCCAGAGCUAAUGGACAGGAUAAAGAGUGCUACUAACUUGGAUGUUGAACAAGUUGAAGAGAGACCAGAGAGUAUUAAACUGAUGCUGAUGGGAGUUCCAAAUGUGGGGAAGUCCUCACUCAUUAAUGCGCUAAGGAGAAGAUACCUGAAAAAAGGGAAGGGCACACGAGUUGGGGCAACCCCUGGUAUAACGAGGGGAGUAUUGGGAAAGAUCUCAGUCUCAGAUAGUCCAAAGAUGUUUGUACUGGACACACCAGGGGUGAUGACUCCUAGUAUUCCUAGUGCCGAGGUUGCAAUGAAACUUGCCCUUGUAGGAACCCUGCCAGAUCACUUUAUAGGUGAGAGACUAAUUGUUGACUACCUCCUCUAUAAACUCAACCAGUGCCAAUUGUACAGCUAUGUAGACUUCUACAGGCUCCCUGAGCCGUGUGAUGACAUACAUGUUGUCCUGGAUUCUAUCGGGAAAAGAAUUGGAGGACUCACAAAAGGUCCAAUAAUAACAGGGGAGAGUCCGUUAGAGUUCUGUUAUAUCACUACGCAGGCGGAGUGUAUGACCAUAAUAGCUAAGUUCGCGCGCGGUGCAGAAGACACCGCGGUCUACGGCGCCGUCGUUCUCAUCAUGGGACUCGUAGUGACGAAAUUCAAGAAUCUCUACAAGUCGUUCUCGGGCGGCCAACACUGCAAGAUACUGCUCCUGGGCCUGGACGGCGCAGGCAAGACGACCCUGCUCUACAAGCUGAAGCUGGGUGAGACUAUCACCACGGUCCCCACCAUAGGAUUCAAUGUGGAGACCGUCUGCCCAGUACAACACGUCAGCUUCACCGUCUGGGACAUCGGAGGCCAGGGAAAGAUCCGUCAGCUGUGGAGACACUACUUUCUGGGCAGCGAGGGUCUCCUGUUUAUAGUGGACAGUCAGGACGAGCAUAGACUGUGGGAGGCCCGAGAGGCCUUAUUCUGGAUCCUGCAGUCGCCAGAGAUGGCCGGAGUUCCUCUAGUGGUACUGGCCAAUAAGCAGGACGUCUCCAAUGCUCAGACACCUACAGCCAUAGCCUCGGGACUGGGUCUAGCAGAGCUGAAGGAUCGCCGGUGGUUCGUGCAGGGUACCAGUGCUCUGAGUGGUGCAGGGGUCUACGAGGCCAUGCAAGAACUCGCCACCCUCACCAAAGAUUUCCAAAAGUCACGACAUUGA